UUCAGACAGAAAUAUAAGUGUCAUGGAUUUUGUAACCAACGACGUGGACGAUGGAAAUAUUGUCUUCGAUCAUUCUUCAUGUAACGAUCGUAAUGUUUUACGAGUUGUUGUUACCGAAGCAAGCACAGAAAUUGCACUCGCACUCAUGUAUCGUAUACUUUGUGACAAAAUAUUUGGUGACAAUCAAUUGAUUUAUUUAAUUGCUUAUGAAACCUUGGAGAAAGCAUUAUUUUUAGAAAGCAUUAUAAUAGAACUUACGGAUUUCAGUUCGGAUCAGUUAGAUGGAAUUAUUUGUACGCACGAACCAUCUAUUGCUUUUAAAAACGCUGAUAUCGUAUUUUGUAUCGGAUUAGCAAGAGGAUAUGAAUUCAUGGACGAAGAAAACGAGGAUACAUUUUUUGAAGAGUGUGCUCUAGCUGCAAAAUUUUACGGUGAAAUCAUAGAAAAGUAUGCUAAAAAAGACGUCAAAGUAAUUGUUCUAGGAAACGUAGCUGCAACUAUUAUUUCGCAUUACGCUAAAUCUAUUUCUAGAAAAAAUGUCACCUCUUUGUCCAAAUUUAACAUAAAUAUCUGUGCUGCUCAUAUAGCAGCGCAAAGUGGUUGUCGUGUUGAUCAAAUAAAAAAUAUUAUCAUAUGGGGUACCAAUAAUAAACUUACGUUUCCCGAUUGCAGAUACAUAUAUUUUAAUGAAGAUGUGAUUAUUAAUGAUUGUUUACUCGUAUGGUUAAAAAUUGAUUUACCACGGAUAAUGCAAAAUAUGUCAAACAGAUGUUUUUAUAGCAGAUCUCUUGCUUAUGCAUUAGCAGAACACUGCAAAAUAUUGUGGAAUGGAACGAACAAAAAUAAUUGGACUUGUAUGGGUGUAUACUCUGAUAAUUCUUACGGUGUUAACGAAGGAAUAUUUUUUUCCUUUCCAGUAUUUUGCAAUAACAAAGAAUACGAGAUUGUUCAAGGUUUAUUAGACGACAAUUCGUACGUUCAACGACAAAUAGAAAAAUUAAGUGAAAUCCUGACGUCAAAGAUUCGUGAUGCAUUACAAAUUUGCAAGACGAAGUAAACGAAAAUCGAUUUACGAUUAAACAGAUAUUUUGAAUUAUUUAUAUUAUAAGAUCUUUUAAAAAUAAAUAUUGCAAUUAACCAGUUAAGGGUGUUUGACGACUAUAUAUCCGUCAUGGAGAUGUGGCAAAAUUUUGUGUUAUGACGUCUAUAUCCGUCAUGCGUAAAAGUUUCUUACAAUUUGAUGUUUAAAUUGUAAUUUUGGC